AUGGCAGAUCACUUGCUUCCGCGAAAUUUCAGCCUCCGAAAUGUCAACACUAGCCGACCUCAACUUUCCCAAUCCGAAUCUCGUCAAUCCAUUUCUGCAUCCGACGACUAUUAUUCCUUCUCGGACCGGUCACGGUCAAGUAGUCCGGACAGUCGUGUCACAGCCAUGCGAUUCGACACCGCAGACUCUCAUCAAUCCUUCCAAGCGUCGUCUCCUACUGUGCCCAGUGCUGAGCACCUCCAAGCCCAGGAGAUGUUUUACUCCGCUCAAGACCAGCAAUAUCACCACCAUCACCAAGAACAACAGCCACAACAGCAACCUCAACGGGCUGUUCAACAACAACUACCUGCCUCUACCCCACCAGGUACAAGCAGUAUGGUUCAUUUUGGGGACGACAGGGUCGCCCGUAUUAGUCCUAGGUCGGAUGGCACAGUCAGGCGGAUUGCAGCAGACUAUGGCGGCCCAGCACCGACCCCAGGGCUGGAUGACUCGCCUUAUGUUCGCUUUGCCAUUGAUCAAUUGACCCGGGAUAGAGCUGCAGGCGUCCCUCAAAGACACGACUCUACCUCAACAAAUCAGGACUUUCACACCGAUCGGCUGGUGUGGGAUCAAGGGCUGGGACAGUUCACUCGUGCUCGCACCCCCAUCCGGUAUACAGCGACGCCGCCAAAACCUGGAAAUCUUACAUCGCCAUCUCCUCAAGCUUUACCUCAAAGACCCGACUCGGUCGAUCCUGAAUCGUUCAUCGCCGUCGACCCACCUGAAGAAAGUCUGCAAUAUCCACCACUGAGAUAUCUGCCUUCAAUCCUUCAGCCAUGGGCUCUCCUCGGCCUGAUCAUUUGCUGUCUACUUAUGAUCGCCGGGGUGGUGUUCUGCAAUAUCUGGUCCUCUCGACAUGAAGGUCUCUGGGACUAUCACGGUCAAGGGGGCGGCAGAUACUUUGCAAUGCAGUUUCUUCCCCAGAUCUUGGCUGUUCCAAUUAUUGUAUGGAACUUCGUGGUGCAGGCAGCAGUGUAUCGGAUCUCCCCCUUUGCAAUUAUGGCAUCAUCACGACCUCGAGGGUCAGUCUUACAAGGUCUUUCCGUGAUUCCCAAGAAUUUCAUUCUGCCAGACUUGUCUCACUUUCGAUCUGGCGAGGUUCUUUUUGGAGUCUCACUGUUGUCAAUCUGGCUUUCCAAUUUCUUCGCCAUGCCCAUUCUCAGCUGCUUGUUUCAAGCCAAGUACUAUAUCGUGGAUGGACAAGGUGUAUGGAGGUGGACUUCUGUUGAUGCAGUGGGCUGGACUAUCGUCGGAAUGUACGGAUUCCUGGUUAUCGGUUUGCUUCUGCUCGUUCUGCGAUUCAUUCGAUCAUGCACUGGACUAAUGUGGGAUCCGGUUUGCUUGGCCGAUCUCAUUUCAAUCAUUCAACGGUCGAAUGUGCUUCGCGACUACGAACAUUCCGAAACCGUUCCAUCUGUGAAACAAUCACUAGACCCUCGCAUUGUUCGACUCGGCUACUGGAAGCUGUCGACGAAAUCUAGGUCGGACAUUUUCUACGGCAUUGGCGAAGUCGACGCUCCAGUCCGAACACCCUCACUUCAUCAGACUGAGAAAAGCCGUGACUUGCAACCCCAGGGGAUGACUAGAGUCAGAUUUGACCUCGAGCACGGGGGCGCCUUUGCCGAUGACCCCUUUGAUCAUCAUCUGUAUUCAUCGUUCGUCCGAUUUCGUUGGACUCCGUGGUUCCUCCGCAAGACCUCUGUUCUUGCAUGGGUCAUCCUCCUGUUUGCUCUCUUUGUGGCUUUUGUGGCUGUCAGCUUUGUGAACAAUGCCAUCAGGGAAGGGUUCUCUCCAAAGCUUCCCACUCUGCCUUCAUCGACUGCGUUCUCCGCCUCCAAUUUCCUGUACAGUUUCAUCCCAGGCCUGAUUGGAAACAUACUCUUUCUUGCUUUGCAGCCUAUCGACAUGUACUUUCGUGCUGUGCAACCCUUCAUUGAACUCUUCAAUGGCGCGUCGGCGGAACAAAGUCUUCUUCUCGCCUACCCUUACUCUCUACCUCUUCAAGUCUCACUACAAGCCGUAUUCCAUCGGCACUUCCGCGUGGCUUGGCUGUCGCUCAUGAGCUUGGCAUCUGCCGCUAUUCCAGUUCUCGCGGGUGGUGUCUUCAUCGCGCUCUGGUAUCCGGACUCGCAAGAUAUCCGAAUCUCCUCUCUCAUGCCGGCCUUUUACGUCUUGAUCGUAUUUUGUGCCUUGUAUGCCAUCACCUUUCUCACUAUCUGGCCCACCCGUCGCCAGUAUCUUCCGCAUGACAUUUCCACACUCGCGGAUCUUAUCAGCUUCCUCUACCAAUCCCCCCUUCUCGCCGACAAGCUCCUCCGUGAGCCUCGCAGCAAGACCGACCUUGUCACCCGUCUCAUUAUUGCGCCGCCCUCGGAGCGCACGUUCCCAAUGUAUGGCUUCGGCGUUUACGUUGGACGAGAUGGCAAAGAACACCUCGGCAUUGAUCGAUUCCACCGACCUGGCCGUUCCGACAUGAUGCUUUAUGACCGAAACGAAACAGACUUAUGA